UUUUCCCACACUUGCAUUUACUCCCCAAACCCUAACCGAGCACAACUCAUUUUCUCCCAACUCUCCUCUUCAUCCUUCCCCGCCUCCGACCAGCACUUUUAUCUCUUCUCCUUCUCUCUCGCUUCCUUGUCCUUCCAAACCCUACUCUCUCUCUCUCUCUCUCUCUCUCUCUCUCUCUCUCUCAGUUUCUAGUUCACCAACAUCGAGAAAAUCGAGAGCUCUGCGGCUCCGAUUCAUUUCGUAGAGACCGAGGGAUUCGAGGUCGGAGAUUUCCCGACGGUGAGUUUGAAUUUGGAAUUGGUGCGGAAGCUGGAGUCGGCGCUUGGGGUUUCUCUGGGAGGCUCGGUGACGGACAUGGCGGUGGUGAUAGCGACGACUUCAAUUGAGUUGAUAAUUGGAUUUUUGGUGGUGCUGUGGCGGAGAUCGUCUGAUAAGACUAGUCGGGUGGUGAAGCAGCUGGCUGUGCCGCUUAAGGAGGAGGAAGAUGAGUUUGAGGUUGCGUCAGGCAAGACUAGGGUGACUAUUUUCUCUGGGACUCAGACCGGCACCGCUGAAGCGCGCUGGAUUACUACAGAAUGCGGAAGAUUGAUAGUUUCUCCUGGUGAUAUUGAACGACAAUUGCUUUUUGUUGUCUUUAGGUCAAGCUAUUGGAGAAGCUAUCACAUGUGCAGUCCCUUUGCAUUCAUGAGAUGAUAGUGCAAGCUUUUAAGCACAUACUUCAGGCAGUGAUUGCUGCUGUUAAUAACACUGAGAAAAUGGCUGCCUCGAUUGCUGCUGCAUUGAAUCUUAUGUUGGGGGCUCCAGAAAAUGAAGAAUUCAAUAAGUCUUUCAAUGUGCAUUCCCUUGUGUGGAGAUGGUUGGAAGUAUUCUUGCGAAAGAGAUAUGGAUGGGAUGUUAGCAGCUUCAACUACAAUGAUGUGAGGAGAUUUGCGAUUCUAGGUGGCCUGUGUCAUAAGGUGGGCAUUGAGAUGGUUCCACGAGAUUUUGAUAUGGAGUCUCCAAAUCCAUUUCAGAGUUCUGAUAUUGUCAGCUUAGUUCCAAUACAUAAGCAAGCUGCAUGCUCUUCGGCAGAUGGUAGGCAACUAUUGGAGUCAUCAAAAAGAGCCUUAGAUAAGGGAAAACUUGAAGAUGCAGUUGCAUAUGGCACUAAGGCUACAAUUUAUCAACAAAGGGCUCUGGAUAUCAAUGAGAGAGAAUUAGGGCUUGACCAUCCAGACACCAUGAAGAGUUAUGGGGAUCUUGCUGUGUUCUAUUACAGACUUCAACAUACAGAGCUGGCUCUCAAGUAUGGUCUUUUGCUUGUUUAAAGUGUUCUUUUCAUAUGGAAUUUCUUAAAACUUAUAUGGGGAAUCGUUUUUUGACUGCCAAUUGGUUGCUUUGAAUAAGUCACAAUCCUAUUGGUUCAAGCUCAUGUUUUUUAAUGGCACAUCUCUUUGGACCCUAAAAUUCAUUCAUUUCUACAUGACUAGAUUUUAACAUCAUGAUUCCUUCAACAUAUGGAACUGUCCAACUGGGUAUUUGGCAAUAACCAAUUUUGUCUUGCUUUGCGAAAGUAUCUCAAUUAUACAAAGAAAAACAUGACAGGAGAGAGAUUAUUGUAUAUGUACCUUCACUUAAAACUAGAUUAUAUCAUAAUUUUAUAGGUCAUUCUUUUGGCUGAAAUGUUAACUUUUCUGGGUAAUGAAACUGAUUUGUAUCAACAAAUAUAAUUUUCUGGGUAAAGAGCAAAGGAGCAUGAAAGUCUUUUAAAAAAGAGAGAGUUCCAACAAGGGUCAGUAGCUAGCUUCCCGAUUUCACCACCCUACUGACUGUCCUAAACUCUUGGGGUCCAUCUGACUUUCAUUCUAGGAAUAUCUAUACUACUAUUGUGCGUUAGAUACUUAUGCUUCUAAUACAAGCAUGCUUCGUCUUAUGGCAAAACAUUGCAAUAUCAUGGAGUCUUUAACAUCAUUCUUCAUUCUUGCAUUCUUGGAUUUGGUGGUGUUCCAAGUGCUGCCUGUUAGUUGGAGGCAAUUUACAUACUAAAGAAUCAAUUACUUGGUGGUUUUACAUCUGUAAAUGAGAGGAGGAGGUUGUUGAUCAAUUGGGAACUAGCAGUGCUUUUUCCUCAUCAUGUCUUGUGUAUGUGUGUAUAGGGUUUCACUCUAUUCAAUUUCGGAAAUGCAAGCAAGUUUGUUUGUAUAGGGAAUACCAGAGUACUGUAGGCAUAAUUGACUACAUUGAAGUAGAACCAAUUUUUUCUUUGGUUGAUUUGAUCAAACAGAACUAAUCUGAUACAGUUAUUUGGUUAUUCUCUGGUGACUUCUCUUUGCACUUGUUGGCCUUCAACUUUUAUACCUUUUCCAAUUAAAUUUGGCCACCAGUAAAUCAUUGCUCCUGUUUUGUUGUUUGUUAUGUAAUUUUCCCUUGAUUAGAUACAUAAAUUCCCAGUUCGUAGUUGCAGAUUUUUAUUAAUGGCAGCAUCAAAAGCUGGGAUGUUUGUGUGACUUUUCAUCUUUCCUUAGGUUUGCGUUUUCCUUUAUGCAUGUCCCUUGUUUAUAUAUAUAUUAUAUGCAUUCUGUACUGCUUUUACUGCUUGUGAUGUUGUAGUUAUGGUUCUGAGCUGGGUGCUAUUCCCCGUAGCCAGUUAUCUGUUGGUUAUUUUAUCUUUCGUAUGAAAGAAGUAAUAAGUGAGUACAUACUUUGAUGUAGCAGGUAUACAGUUGCUUUGGUUCUCCCUUUGUUUAUUUUCAACAAUUUGUUACUGAGGCUAUUAAACCUUUCUGAAUAAUAAUAGUAGAGAUUUUUGAUCAAAUAACUGAGGUUGAUGCUUUUUGAUGCAGGGCUUUCCGAGGGUAAACAAAAGGAUGUACUUAGAGCUGCUGGUACAUUGUUUUCAUUUGUAAGGUUUAGGCAGGGUUAAUGUGCAUCACACAUUUAUGUACAAGUAUAAGUUUAUGGUUAGGGUUAAUGUUGGGAUAGAGUGACUGUUGGAUAUAAGGAUGAAUGUAUCAAAUCUUUACAUACAUGUAUGUGUUUUGGAUGUGUUGUCAUUUGGAUUCCAUAUGUGCAGAAUGUAGGUAUUUUGAAUGUC